CCAUCCAGCAUGGAUAGAGCCUACUGUGACUAUGAUGCCUCCAGCCAGAUGUCCUACUCCCCAUCAGAGGAUGAAGACUACUCAAGUCUCCAGUCCCCAUCUUCCUUCUCCUCAGGACAGCUCACUUCUCCAGCAGAGUCUCCAGAGAAGUGCGGGGAGCAGGGCAAGGAGAAGAAGAGGAAGAGGGGCAGGACCAGGGUGAAGAAUGAAACUGUUCUCCACACCAUCAAAAAGACCAGGCGGGUGAAAGCCAAUGACAGAGAGAGGAGCAGAAUGCACAACCUCAAUUCAGCCUUGGAUGAGCUCAGAGAAAUUUUGCCUUGCUUUCCUGAUGACACCAAGUUAACAAAGAUUGAGACACUACGUUUUGCCCACAAUUACAUCUGGGCACUGUCUGAAACCUUGAGGCUGGCUGACCAGUCUAAAGACAAGCCUCAGAAAGAGAUGAUGUUGUACCCUGGCUAUAUGAGUCCUACAGACCCACCAAGCCCUGGAAGCGACGGUGGUUCCUGGAUGUCCACCGCCUCCCCAUCCUCCUCAACCUCCUCCUCUUUCUCAGUCUGCACCUCCAACCCCAGCAGCCCAGCUACGUCUGAAGAUUGCUACUACAGCCAUAAAAAGAACUUGUUCACACUCCACGCCAUGCCACAAAACCUUAUCCAGCACUCCUCAUGCUUUAUUCAGUAUCAAUAGGUUCUGCCAUACGGUGCUUUAUUUAAUAUAUUUGCCUUAACAUGUGAACUCUGUUCUCUGAUCAAUACGUCCUGUAGUGUGAUAUAGAAAAAUAAGGGGUGACCUAAAAUUCUAUAUACUGCCUUAAAGAACAAUUGCAAGGUCUUCCAGAACUAUUGAGAACCUACUUCUUGUCCGAUAACAUCAACGUGCCUAUAAGGUUUUUACUAUGUUGUUUUUGCACUUUCCACAAAACUCUUAUUGUGUCGUUGUUUUCAUUGCAAAUUGCCAAGGGCCUCUUUUCAAGGCUUUUUUUUUUUUAAAAAGAAAAAAAAAAAAACAGGUCAGGUUUUCUGAUGCAGACUGGGUGAAAAGUCAAUUUUACAAUUUGUAAAACUCUCACGAAGAAAAAUGAGCAUGAAAAUUUGGUUUGGAUACCCUGACAAUACAAUGAAAAGACUUGAAUGGGAGACAAGCGAGUUGGGCUCAUACAUUAUUUAUUCUGACCUCCAGGACUGCUGUCUUCCUUAUACAGAGUAGGAACUCAAUCCUGUAGAUUGAAGUUCUCAGACUGGGAGCCUAAUGGGAGUUUAAUUUAUUCAAAAAAUGUUUCAUUCAUAUGAAAAUGUGUAUUUUUUUGUAUAUAAAGAUUUUUUAUUCUAUUAUGUAUCAUUUUGUUACUGCA